UCGACCGGCGGCGCCGCCUCUACCGACUGGGAGGCGUGCGCCACGCAAGUAACGGAGCGCACGCGCACGGCCACCGAGGACGGCGAACGGCACGUGACCGAGGUCAGGGUGCGCCGCUCGCCGGGCGGCUUCCAGGAAUCCGAGUCCUUCCAGGAUGCCGUCGAAGCUAGCAGUUCGGAGCAGACGGGUGGCCCGUCCGGCCGGUUCAGGGACGUAGACGGCGCCGAGGCCAUGUCGGCCGAGGAGGCGGACCAGCGCGUGCGCGGUCUGUACCGGCGGCUGCGCGGCGCCGACCACUAUCGCUCGCUGCCGGCGCUGGCCGCCGAGCCGUCGCCGCCGGCGCCGGUCGAGCCGGGCACGCAGGUCACCGAGCACUGGCGGAUCCGCCGGCCGAUCAACCACUUCGACGCCGAGAUGACGGUGGCGGCCAUCUGUGACGAGCUGCGCGCCCGCCUGCUGGCUCAGGACGAGUGUCUGGACGAGCCGCUCCGCUCCGACCUACAGAAGUACGUGGACUUCAUCGGCGCGGCCUGCCUGGACGCCGAGGACGAGCAGAUGAAGCGCACGAUGGCCGAGAAGGUGAUGCGCCUGCUGACGCAGCGCCAGACGGCCGAUUGUGCCCCCUCCAGCCGCGGUACCUGGCAGGAGCGUUCGGAGCCGAGCGUGCUGUCUCGGGCCCGGUCGGCCAGCUCCAGCCGUGAUCGCCGCUCGGGCCACCAGCAGUCCGUCGGCGGUCUGCAGGGCCACCAGCAGUCCGCCAGCGGUCUGCAGGGCCACCAGCAGUCCGUCGGCGGUCUGCAGGGCCACCAGCAGUCCGCCAGCGGUCUGCAGGGCCACCAGCAGUCCGUCGGCGGUCUACAGGGCCACCAGCAGUCCGCCGGCUUGUGA